AUGGUACAAAAACACGUCAUCACCAAAACCUCUCGAGCUUUCCAUGGCGCUAUCUCCUCCUCUAUCAUUCAAUCCCUUCCCUUCUCAUUUCCACUAUCCUCCUCUCUCUCCAUCUUCAUCUCCUUCCCCCACUACUCUUCCCAUUCUCCAAAUCCGGAAACCGUUCCUGACCCACUUCAAUCCCCACAAAAUCACAUUCUCCAGCACUGCUCUCGCUACUCAAAUCCAAAACGAAGAACACCCAGAAACGGAAAUAACCUCCGAUACAAAGAAGAAGAAGAAGAAGAAAAAGAAGCUCAGACCUGGUUUUUACGACCAAACCCAGGAACGAUGGUCGGUCAAGAUCGCUUCCAACAGAACCCAAUUCCCAUGGCAAGAAAAACCCAAAUCCUUAGAAUCCUCUCCCGGAUUUCUCCUUUCAUCUGUUCCUACCGAUUUAUCGGAAGUGAAAGCCGACAACCCGUCACUCGGAAUAGAAUCUUCAAGCUUCCCUCCACGAAAUCGUGUAAUUUUGGCUCCUUGGGCCCAUGGAGCCAAACAGGGAAAACCCCAUUUGAAUUCCGAAGUUAGAAAACGGGCUUUGGUCGAUGAAACUGUAGAAGGUCAUGUAGACGUUGAAGAAGCAAAGAGUCUUAAUAUUCAUGGAGAAGCGGAGAAGGCCCUUUUUGGAGGCAAACAGAUAGAAACCCAUUUGGAAUCUGAAACUGAAAUUCAGGUUGCAACUGAGCGAAUUGGAGAUGGUGCCAUGGAAGGUGAAGAAGCAAAGAGCGUCCAAGUUUGCAGAGACGUCGAGAAGAGUACUGUUGGGAUUAUAGUAGAAAAAUUGAAGAACCUUGGGACAGAACGGAAUUCUGAUUCUGAUGGAAAAGACCGUGAACUCCCAAGUUGUGUUGAGGAUCCAAACAACUUUGGCAGCGACACUAAUCACAAUGUCUGUCAUUAUCCAGGUCCAUUUCAAGAUUCUGAGGAAGAACAGAGGUUGUAUAGCUAUAGAAACAGUGCUACUUUAACACAUUUGAUUGAUAACAGUGGUUCAAUUCGGUUACCAUGGGAGAGAGAAAGAGGUCCAGACGGAGAGAGGUGGAGGAAAAGCAACACUGAGCUAGCAGAGAAGACAAUUCCAGAACCUGAACUACAUAGGCUCCGGAAUGUUGCUUUGAGGAUGAAGGAGAGGAUGAAGGUCGGAGCUGCUGGCAUUACACAGGCUGUCGUGGAUGAAAUUCAUGAUAAAUGGAAGGAAGAAGAGGUGGUGAAGAUCAAAUUUGAAGGGCCGCCAGCGCUUAACAUGAAGAGGACACAUGAAGUCUUAGAGAGGAAAACUGGAGGUCUGGUGAUUUGGAGGUCUGGCAGUUCACUGGUGUUAUACAGGGGAAUGACAUACAAACUACCCUGUGUGCAAUCAUAUGUAAAACACACUCAAACUAGUCAAAAUAUUAUUCCUCACUCAGAACAGUUGACAAUUGAUGUUAGAGCUACAGAGCCAUCCAGUUCUGGUUCCAUGACAGCUUUUGAGGGUGAGGCUGGUGACCUCACAGAUAUAAGUUAUGUCAACAGUCUGUUAGAUGAAUUGGGUCCACGGUUCCAAGAUUGGUCGGGCUGUGAUCCAAUGCCUGUAGAUGCUGAUCUGCUUCCUGGUUUGGUCCCUGAAUAUAAACCUCCGUACAGACUUCUUCCUUAUGGGAUGAGGCAUUGUCUUCAUAACAGGCAAAUGACAUCUUUGCGGAGGCUUGCAAGAAGAGUGCCUCCUCAUUUUGCCCUAGGAAGAAACAGGAAACACCAAGGCCUGGCUAAGGCUAUGGUGAAGCUGUGGGAAAAAAGUUCCAUUGCAAAGAUCGCCAUCAAACGUGGUGUACCCAAUACCUCUAAUGAGAGGAUCGCAGAAGAACUCAAGAUUUCCAGACUGUCUUUGAUGGGACCAGCUCUUUUUGGUGUGAACUGUUCUACACACCUCGAAAACUCUUAUAGUGCACAUUCGUGGAAAGAGUUGCACUCCAAUGCAGAAGUGGAGCAUACGUUAUUAUCAAGUCCAACCCAUCCAUCAGAUGCAUCCCCUCAGGUUAACCCCAAGAUUUUGACAGGAGGAACACUUGUCUCUAGGAACAAGGAUUAUAUCGUUUUUUACAGGGGAAAUGACUUCUUGCCACCAGCCAUGAAAGGGGCAUUAGUAGAAAGGCAGAAAUUAGCAAAGAUCCGGCAGGAUGAGGAAGAGCAAGCACGACUGAGGGCGUCAACCUUAAUUGCUUCAAAUGCCAAAACUGCUAGUGGGCCAUUUGUUGCCGGUACGCUGGCAGAAACUUUGGCAGCAAACUCUCGUUGGGGAAAUCAACUGAGCAGUGACGAUAGAGCAAAAAUGAUGAGAAAUGUGGCUUUAGCUAAACAUGCUGCUCUUGUCAGAUACUCAGAGAGGAAACUAGCUCAUGCACAGGAGAAGGUGAAGAAGGCGGAGAAGGCUCUACGUAAAGUGCAGGAAUAUCUGGAGCCAGCUGAUCUUCCAACUGAUUUAGAAACCAUAACUGACGAGGAGAGGUUCCUGUUCCGUAAAAUUGGCCUGAGCAUGAAACCUUUCUUACUCCUUGGGAGGCGGGGUGUUUUUGAUGGCACCGUAGAAAACAUGCACCUGCAUUGGAAGUACAGGGAGUUGGUCAAGAUAAUUGUAAAGGGGAAGAGCUUUCAACAAGUCAAGCAUAUUGCAAUCUCUCUUGAGGCAGAGAGCGGUGGGGUGUUAAUUUCUUUGGAUAAAACUUCUAAAGGCUAUGCAAUUGUCGUCUAUCGUGGGAAAAACUAUCAGCGCCCACAAACGUUGAGGCCCAAGAACCUGUUGACAAGGAGGCAGGCAUUAGCGCGUUCAAUCGAGCUUCAAAGGCGUGAGGCUCUGAAUCAUCAUAUUUUGGAUCUACGGAAAAGAAUUGAGAUUAUGAAAUCUGAACUGGAACAAAUGGAGACUAUUAAGGAUGUGGGCGAUGAAGGCCUGUACUCCCAGUUGGAUGAUGCAUAUUCUUCUGAAGAUGAUGUGGAGCAGGAUGAAGGUGAAGAGGCAUAUCUUGAAACGUAUGACAGUGGCGAUGAGGCUGGGGACGGAGAUGCUGAGAUUGGUGAGCUUGCAAACAAAAGAGAGCCAAUCUAGUAAUUACCCAAGAUUCAUGUGGGUGGCAAAAUUAGAGUUGCACAGACCGGAGAUGUGAGACAGACUGGUUAUUCCAGAACUUCUGAGGUCAUGGAGCUCACCAGAUUGAAGUCGAAGCUUAAUGGGAUUGCAUUUGCAGCAUGGUUUUUUAAAUGGAAUCCUCGGGCCCCAGUACCAUCAUUGUGAUGGGCAAAUAAUUUAAAAUAUCCUUAGUCCCACAUAUUUGAAGCGUGUUGGGGCAAACAACACGAGAAGUGGUGCAAUCGGGUGCCUGUCAUGCAGCCAGUUGUAGUUACAAUCAUUUGCAUGUGAGAAUCUCCUCAAUGGGAUAAUCCUAACCUUUCGAUUUGUGGCCUGCAACUGUAUGGCUCAUAAGAAAAUGCAGCAAUGGUCCACAUUACUGAAAACGGUCCGAGAUGGGUAGGUAGGAUCUUCCAUGGGAAGAGAUUAUUUAGGCAUGUUUCAACAUGAGCCUCUCUUGUACAAACUAAAAACUUGAAUAUACUGUGCAUGUAAUUGGGUGGAGGAUCCCAUAAUUCCUCUUAUUAGGGAACCACUAUUUACAUCCA